AUGGAGAGAAUCACCGGGGGUGUUUCUGAUGUCGAAAACUGGGACGGCGGGGCCUGGACCGUCCAGAAAUUUUUGAGCAAGGGUCUUUUUUUUUGUCUUAUCGGAUAUGGGCCCACCUCAAUGGAUGACGGGGGCGUGGUAAUGCGCCUAAAGGCGGACAGGUUGACCUCCUUUUACUUGUCCAGCUUGCUCAAUUUCCACGACCCGCGAUCUAUAACCCUCACACCCCUCCUCCUCCCAGCCAGCCCAACUUCGCCCUCUCGUCGGAUCUCGUCCUUUGAUCUAGCAAAGCACUCGGCUUUUCACCCGACUGGCGAAACCCCCGAUACCACCCUUCGGAAGCUUCCCUUUGACCAAAAAACCGCAACCAUGGCGUCCGGCGCAGGCGGGUCUUACAACAACCCCCUCAAGAAGUUCAAGCUUGUCUUUUUAGGCGAGCAGAGCGGCGACUAUCGGAAUCGACUUUCUUUCCAAGGCAAGCCAUUGUUACAUUUCCGGGCGAGGGACGAGGAACCACUGUCUAAUACGUUGCAGACCAUGUACCUUGAGGACCGGACAGUGAGAUUACAACUUUGGGAUACCGCCGGACAGGAACGUUUCCGCAGUCUGAUUCCCUCGUACAUUCGCGAUUCCAGCGUCGCAGUCGUUGUCUACGACAUUUCAAAUGCGAAAUCCUUCCAAAACACCAAGAAGUGGAUCGACGACGUGCGCGCCGAGAGAGGAAACGACGUCAUCAUUGUCCUCGUGGGCAACAAGACGGAUUUGAACGACAAGCGCGAAGUGACGACGCAGCAGGGCGAGGAGGAGGCCAAGAAGAACAACCUCAUGUUCGUCGAGACUAGCGCGAAGCUGGGACACAACGUCAAGACGCUGUUCAAGAGAAUAGCCCAGGCUCUUCCAGGCAUGGAGGGAACGGAUGCUGCCGCGCAAGCUUCAAGCCAGAACGACCCCCGCCCAGUCAUCGCAAGAGGGAUGCGCGUGCUAGACGAGUUUCUUAAGGAGACAAAGCAAAACAAAAAGACAGCGACUCUGGAUCAGCUGGCGAAUGAGUUGUCCAAGAUGCUCACCGCCCGAAAUGGCACGGGACUCUCACGAUGGCUGGCCGUAGGAAUGGCCCGCAAAUCCGUGGCAUCGAAUUCCCAGCCGGUGUUGCUGCAGAUUGACCCAGAGAGCGAGGUACAGCAUCAGGUGCAGACGCGGGGGACUGAGAGCAGCGGCGCGGACUCAAUGAAAACCCCGGGGCGUGACGCUAUGACGGAUCGGGUGGGGCCCAUCAUGUCAUCGAGAAUUUUAGAAAGCUUCCCACCCUCAGGUUCUUCUGACGUCUUUACGGAUUACCUGAGCUCUCAGGACCCCUUUCUCUUCUGGCGCGAUACCUACGGAUACCCUCCUGCUACCGACGGACAGGAUGGCGUUCUCAAGAUUCAGCAUGCGGUUACCGCUCCCCAAGUUACACAACAGCAUACCUUUCUAGGAUGCAUCGGCCUUCAAACAGGCACCGAGGUCAUCUCCCUCAUCCUCCUCUUCAACAGGCUCACCGGCCUCUACGGUCUACUCGCCAUCCUCACGGGCUACGAGCUCUCCGUGACGCAGCUGUCAAUGUACCUCUACUCGCUGGGCGUCGUCGUCCUGCUGGCCAUGUUCAUGCCCCACGUCCGCAAGCAGAGCCCCUUUGAGACGCUCAGCCUCGCCUGGCUCUACAUCGUCGACACCGUCCUCAACGUCGCCUACACGACCUUCUUCGCCGUGAACUGGUACCUCAACAGCAGCGCCCUGGACAAGCACCCGGCAGGCAGCACCACCCCGGCCGCAGCCGGUCCCGCAGCAGCAGCGGAGAUUGCGGAGACGGCGCUGGCCAACGGGGCGCCCGUGGUUCCCGACGUGCCCGGCACGACGAAGCACAUCGGGCCCCAGGAGUCGUGGAUGAGCUUGGGGCUGAUUUGCUCCGUCACGCUGGUGCGCGUCUACUUUGCGCUCGUCGUCAUGUCGUUUGCGCAGCAGGUGCUGCAGCGGUACAGCGCGGCGGACAUGGGCUGGGAGGAGGAAGGCCGCAGCAGCGGCGCCGGCAAGAAGGGCGGCGUCGACGGACCUUUCUCGCAGGGCGAGCCGGGCGGCGAGGGGUCCCGCGGCCGUAUCGGGCGCGUGAUGCUCGCCCUCGGUCGCGGGUACUGGCUUCGCGAGAGGCCUCAGGAGGAGUGGGCGAGCGCUGUGAGCGCCAAGUUCCGGCACACCGGACGGCAGGUUGACCGCUUGGAGUGGAUACCGCCGGGACGGCAAGUCGAUGAUGCCAUCGGGCGGUGGUAUCAUUGGGCGAUGGCAUCAUUUGAGAUUUUCUGCGCGCCGAAAAAGAGGUGGAUCGGGAGACUCAUGAGCGAAAUGCAUGUCGGGGGCGCGAUGGGGAAUAGUGUACAACAACAGUUGAUGACCCUCAAUCACGGAAGGCGGAAACUGCAAAUACAGAGUCUACCAUUUGUAAUCCGAAAGAAUCUCCGGGGGAGGGGGAUGGAGAUGGUGGGGCAGUUGAACGGGAUAUGGAACAGCAUGCACGGCUACGAGUCCGAGCAUCUGCCUGCCUCUACCUCUGGCUUACCGGCCGACAACGGCCUUUUUCGGCAUUCGGGCAUGGGGUCCAGAUUCGCUGCCCCUGUUCAUGCUGUAUUAGCCAAGAACAUCCAGGACAGGAGCACAGAAGAGGCAACGGCACUCGCUGAAGUCCCGGCUCUUUCCCUCCAGCUCCAGGUACUUGACUACUUUACCACCUGGAAGAAUCCCGAUGUACCUUUUCUGAGCAAUGUACACACACCAAGUGCAGCGGCAUUGCCCCAAGGCAAGCCAACCCGCGGCGCAAUGGGAGCAGUGCGGCAUGGCCACUGGCGAAUGGACUGGGGAGACGCUGCGCUAGCCGAUCACGCAAUCGACCCUGAUCACGCCAGCAACAGCAGGCGCAACCCGCCAUCCAGCUGCUCUUGCCUGACUGAAAGACGACGAAACCAAGCAAGGGAAGGAUCAGGAAUUGGGUACUUGCCAGGUCACUUUCUGUUGAUUCCAAAAGCAGAAAGAACCAUCGGAGCUACCUCUUAUUACCUUGACUUACACCACCAUCUUCCUCCUCUCUCACACUCUCUCACUCAUUCUCACCCUCUUCCUCCUUCCGCCUCCCAUCUGCCAUUGCAUCCUACGGCGCCCUUCUCCGUCAAUCCUUUCUACGGGUUGAUCUGUAGGAAGCCAAACAGACAGCUCGAGAGGAAUCCGGAACUGUACACUGCAAACGGCAGCGAAAAGAGUUUCGAGACCGGCCACUAUACGAUACCCCCCGACUUCGAAAUUCGCCCUCGAAACCUCCUCCAAACACGCACAUACACAUAUCGACAAUGGCGCCGACAAGAGGUCAAAUCCAGACGCCUGGAGAAGCUGCGUCCGUCAUCCUUCAGCGCGUGUGCCCGCUGUAACUACAGCGAAGCUCCGACAUUGUUGGAAUUGGGCCAAUCAGAGCUCUGCUAUUUGUCGCAUCCCAGCGGUGCAGAGUCCCCCGGCAACCCACUUGUGAUGGGCAACGAGCAGCACCCAGAGAGAAAGAGGCAGAGGGAUGAUGGACGACGCCGACCAGAGACGCGGAACAGUCGCAUUCGCAUUGCGAGAAUCGCAUACCUCUCCAGCGACGUCGUCGUCUCCGUCCAGCCUUCGCUGGCCAAGGACUCGGAGUUCUCAUCCCACCUUAAGCGCUACGUCGCUCGCAACGACAAGAGCCUCGUCGCGAAGUUUUCAGUCACAGAGGUCCAACACGUAAGGCACAAUGCCGACCCCCUCCUCUCCGUCUUUGCGCCUACUCGCGCCGGCAAGCUCGUCGCCGUGACGACCUCUUCUACCGUUCUCCUUCCCGCCAUCUCCCACCUCUACAAGUUGGCAAACUACCCCGUCGUCCUUCACGUCGCCCUUCAGCCCGCUGGCUUCCCCGACUUCUCCGCCAUCACAGCUAUCCGCAACUCGGGAUGGACUUUCCUGCAGUCAGAGUCUCUCCAGGAGGCUCAGGACAUGGCACUGACGGCACAUGCCCUCGCCCUCCGCUCCGGCAAGGGUGUUGUGCACUUCUUCGCCUCGUCGAGCAGCGACGACGAUGCUGCUAUUAAGGCAGAGGACCCUGAGGUUGUGCGCCAGAUUCUCGACGUUGACGCUGCGAGGCGGUUCCAGCAGCCGUCCAACGGCUCUGCCGCGUCGGCUGUCGGUAUCUAUGCCGAUGACGGCCGACUGCCGGUGGCCUCUGACCGAUCCGACGUGCCGCCGACCGGCUCCUCCGCCAUUAGUGGUCUGAGCUCUUCCGAACUCGCAUCGUCCGUGCACUCCAAGCUCGAGUCAUCCAGGGCCUCGGUUCAGUCCAGCGCCGAGCACAGCGUCACCGACAGCCCACCCUCUGUCGUCUCCUCCAACGCCACCACGAUCGAGUCGUCCCUCCCCGUCGUCUCAUCUGAGGAUAUCCUCAAGUAUGCCAACGGCAUCUGGGCUCAGAUUAAGAGGAUCACCGGCCGUGAAUACCAGGCCUUCUUCUAUGCCGGACCCACGAAUGCAGAGAACUGCCUCUUCGUCUUUGGCUCUGGAGCCUACUACUUUGGUGAUGUGAUUGACCAGGCCCGCCGUGGAGGUGACUUCUCCAAGGUCGGCAUCCUCACCCCCAGACUGUACCGCCCCUGGCUCAGCUCCUCUCUCAUCGAGGCUUUGCCCAAGUCUGUGAAGCGCAUUGCCGUCCUUGAGCAGGUCCACCGCAAGACCACAAAGUGGGGCCCCGUCCUCAUCGAUGUUCUCACCAGUGUGAAGAGCGGCCCUGGUGGUGUGCAGACCGUUGUCGGCUACCAGCUUGGCUACAUUGACCCCAAGACUGUCAUCCAGGCUCUUCGUGGCGUCCUGCAGAACCUGACUUCCGAGUCCCCUGUUCAGAAUCUUGAGAUCGGCCGCAAGGAGGUUCCCCAAGAGGUUCUCGAAUACGGUCUUGAGAAGCCCCAGGUCGAGAACUCGUACACCAAGAUUCUCGACCAGCUCUUUGGCCAGAGAGCCUACAUUGCCAAUGCCCUCAAGGCUAGCAAUGCCGGCAUCAACUCCUCCAUCCAGGCCAGCCCUGAGUUCGGCUUCGGUUCCCUCUUGGCUCGCAAGGAGCGUCGCGUGCGCUUCGUCAACGAGGUCAAGGAGGCUGCCAACAGCAACCAGUUCGUGACGGAUUCUCCUAAGAGCUGGCUCGCCCGCUGGGCAGCCAACGAGGCCGACUCCAAGAAGGCCAACGAGAUCGCCGACGACUUGAUCCCCCGCCUUGAGACUGAUGGCUCUUCCAUUGCCCGCAACCUAUUGUCCAGCAAGCGACUGUUCCGCAAGGAGUCCCUGUGGCUUGUGGGAUCCGAUGCCUGGGCCUACGAUCUCGGCAACUCUGGUGUGCACCACGUCCUGGCCUCUGGCGAGAACGUCAACAUGCUCAUCAUCGACUCGACCCCCUACUCGGAGCGUGCCGCUGCCGAUGCCAACCGUCGCAAGAAGGAUAUUGGCCUGUACGCCAUGAACUUUGGCAACGCUUACGUCGCCUCUACUGCCGUCUACGGCUCCUACACCCAGGUGCUUCAGGCCAUGCUCGAGGCCGACCAGCACAACGGUCCCUCCGUCGUCUUGGCCUACCUGCCCUACUUUGGCGAGACCGAUUCUCCUCUCACCGUUCUCCAAGAGACCAAGAAGGCGAUUGACGUCGGCUACUGGCCUCUGUACCGCUGGAACCCCGCCAACGAGGCCAAGGGCGAGCCCAACUUCACCCUCGACUCUGAGCGUAUCAAGAGCGAGCUCAAGGCCUUUUUGGACCGCGACAACCAGCUCACCCAGAUCAUGCAGCGCGACCCCAUCUUCGCUGCCAACCUGUCGCAGGACUUUGGCUCCGAGGUCCGGGCUCAGCAGAAGCGCAAGGCCAAGGAUGCCUACGACCAGCUUCUUGAGGGUCUCUUUGGCGCUCCCUUGACCGUGUUGUACGCCUCUGACAACGGUAACGCUACCAACGUUGCCAAGCGUCUCGGUAACCGCGGCAAGGCUCGUGGUCUUAAGACCAAGGUCUUCGUCAUGGAGGACUACCCCCUCGAGGACUUGCCUUCUGAGGAGAACAUCAUCUUCGUGACCUCGACUGCCGGACAGGGAGAGUUCCCCCAGAACGGUCACGCUCUCUGGACCGCCCUCAAGGACAACACCGAGCUCGACCUCGCCAACGUCAACUACUCCGUAUUCGGUCUCGGUGAUCGUCACUACUGGCCCCGCAAGGAGGACAAGAUCUACUACAACAAGCCUGCAAAGGACCUUGACCGUGUUCUGUCCAACCUGGGUGGCAAGAGACUUGCCGACGUCGGUCUUGGUGACGACCAGGACCCCGAUGGAUACCAGACUGGCUACCAGGAGUGGGAGCCCAAGAUCUGGCGCGCCUUGGGCGUCGAUAACGUCGAUGGUCUUCCCGAGGAGCCUGCUCCCAUCACCAACGAGGACAUUAAGAUUGCCUCCAACUUCCUCCGUGGUACCAUUGUCGAGGGUCUCAACGACCCUUCGACUGCUGCCAUCUCUGCUGCUGACCAGCAGCUUACCAAGUUCCACGGUACCUACAUGCAGGACGACCGUGAUGUCAGAGAUGAGCGCAAGGCCAUGGGCUUGGAGCCUGCCUACUCGUUCAUGAUCCGUUGCCGUCUGCCCGGUGGUAUUUCUACCCCCUUGCAGUGGGUACAGAUGGACGACAUCGCCAACGAGCUUGGUAACGAGACUAUGAAGCUCACCACCCGUCAGACCUUCCAGUUCCACGGUGUCGUCAAGGGCAAGCUUAGACCCGCCAUGCAGGCCAUCAACAGGGCGCUCAUGACCACCAUUGCCGCUUGCGGUGAUGUCAACCGUAACGUCAUGUGCAGUUCUCUGCCUACCCAGUCCAAGUACCACAGGGAGGUCUGGGCCAGCUCCAAGAAGAUCAGCGACCACCUGCUGCCUUCGACCACCGCCUACCACGAGAUCUGGCUGGCGGACGAGAACGACACCAAGACCCAGAUCGCCGGUGACGCGGUACAGGACUUUGAGCCACUGUACGGACCUACCUACCUGCCCAGAAAGUUCAAGAUCACCAUCGCCAUUCCUCCCCACAACGACACCGACGUCUACGCCCACGACAUUGGUCUCAUUGCCAUUAAGAGCAAGGAUGGUAACCUCGAGGGUUUCAACCUCAUUGCCGGUGGUGGUAUGGGUGCCACGCAUAACAACAAGAAGACGUACCCGCAGAUCGGUCGCAUGUUCGGCUUCGUCAAGACAGACCAGGUCCACAUUGCUUGCGAGAAGAUCAUGCUCGUCCAGCGCGACCACGGCGACCGCAAGAACCGCAAGCACGCCCGUCUCAAGUACACCAUUGACGACAUGGGCGUCGACGUCUUCCGCGGCAAGGUCGAGGAGCUCUGGGGACAGAAGUUCGAGAAGGAGAAGCCCUUCGAGUUCAAGUCCAACGUUGACACGUUCGGCUGGCAAAAGGACGAGACAGGACUCAACCACUUCACCUUCUUCAUUGAGAACGGCCGCAUCGAGGAUACUCCCGAGUUCCAGAUGAAGACUGGUCUCCGUGAGAUUGCCAAGGUGCACAAGGGCGAAUUCCGCCUCACGGGUAACCAGCACUUGAUUCUCAGCAACGUCGCCGACGAGGACCUCGACUCCAUCAAGGACCUCAUGAAGAAGUACAAGCUCGACAACGUCCACUUCUCCGGCAUGCGCCUCAGCUCGUCGGCCUGUGUCGCCUUCCCUACUUGCGGUCUCGCCAUGGCCGAGUCGGAGCGCUACCUGCCUGUACUGAUCACCAAGCUCGAGGACUGCCUCGAGGAGAACGGUCUGCGUCAGGACUCCAUCGUCAUGCGCAUGACAGGUUGCCCCAACGGUUGCGCGCGUCCCUGGCUCGCCGAGGUUGCCUUUGUCGGAAAGGCGUACGGCGCGUACAACAUGUACCUCGGCGGUGGUUACCACGGCCAGAGACUGAACAAGCUGUACCGCCAGAGCAUCAAGGAGGACGAGAUCCUGGCCAUCAUGAAGCCGCUGCUCAAGAGAUACGCGACUGAGAGAGAGACUGGCGAGAGAUUUGGUGACUUCUGCAUUCGCGUUGGUGUUAUCAAGGGCACCAAGGAGGGUCGGGAUUUCCACGAAGGGGUUCCCGAAGAAGAGUCUGACGAGGAAUAA